AUGACGGCGAGCGUCGUGGCGGUGUACGGCCCACGCGCGGUGCUCUUCGUCGCGCUUCCCCAGACCGGCGUGCUGCAGUUCUACUGCGACGACGGCUGCUGGAAGCAUCUUCGGCGGGCAGUGCCACGCGGCAUCCGGCAGAAGGCGACGCUCUUCGCCCCCGGUAACCUCCGCGCCGCCCGGACGCUGCGGUGGUACGACGAUAUUGUAACGGCGUACAUGCGCCGUGGGGCGACGCUGCGCUACACGGGCGGCAUGGUGCCUGACGUGUGCCAGAUUGUUGUCAAGGGCGACGGCAUCUACAUGACGCCGGAGAGUCCUGGGUACAAGAUGAAGCUUCGGCUGCUGUUCGAGGCGGCACCAAUGGCGUUCCUCGUGGAGUGCGCCGGCGGCCGUGCAACGACGGGAACGAUGAAUAUGAUGGACGUGCGCGUGGAGGAGAUUGAGCAGCGCACUGCAAUCGCUCUCGGCUGCCAAUGGGAUGUUGAACAAUAUGAACGCAUGUGCCGGGCCUAUAAUAAUACCAAGAUGAGCAGCAGUGAAGGUAAGCUGUGA